UGAAUUAAUAAGACGGAAUGUUUGAUUACCGUACAAGUUGAUGAUACGUGCAACAGGGAAUGGUGAAGAAGCUGCACGUCAGUGUGUUCUAGGUGCCUGUGACAAAUGCGCGGAGUAUGACGUCAAAUGCGAUUAGAGGUAUACGGAGAAAGAAGAGUUCGCUAUGCGAGGUAAAGGUGGCUGUGAUUGGAGCACCUGGAGUCGGGAAAAGUGCAUUCACAGUGAGGUUUCUAACCAGGAGAUACAUCGGGGAAUAUGAUCACCAGUCAGAAAACAGAUACAAACACGAGGUGCUGGUCGACGGUGAACCGAUUCUUUUCGAAAUUUUGGACACCUGCCCAAAGAGCGAAGACGAAUUACCGUCCACGGAGACGCUACAAUGGGCAGACGGAUUACUGCUAGUCUACUCGAUAACCGACCGAGGUUCUUUCAAUUUUGUACGGAAGGCGAAGGAAACUCUCGCGGUGGCUGAUCCGGAAGCCACGAUGCCACUCGCUAUGGUCGGAAACAAAGCCGACAUGGUACACUUAAGACAAGUUAGUACGGAAGAGGGAGAAAUACUUGCGAAAGACUUCGAGUGCUGGUUCAGCGAAGUAUCCGCCGCUGAACAGGUCACCCAAGUUGCUGAAUCUUUCCACGAACUGUGCCGGGAAGUUUUGGCAGCCAGAAGGAGAAACAAACAAUCUUUAUUAGACAGAAUGCUUGGUAGCAAGGCGACGCGUGCUUAUUCACGAGGGAAAAGUGAUUCGGCGCUACCAAAAGAUUAA